AUGGAGUUGGAAUUCAGCAAAACAAUCAUCCCAAAGAAAGAUAUUGAGCUUUUCUUUUUCCCGGUAUUUGAAAAGGAUCAUUAUUAUCUGGUAUGUUUUAACACCACCACAGACUGUGGUACAAUUGAGGUUAUUGAUUACAGUGAAGGUCCUAGAGAAAAUAUGAAAUUGCUUAAAAAUCUGAAAAGUGCAUUUUCAUAUUUCAUGAAUGGUGAAGGAAGUAUACAAAGUGUUGUUUUGUCAAAACAAAUCAAGUCUAUGGAGUCUGUUGUGGUUGAUUUACCUUGGAAGUCUUCAGAUGAUUAUCAUUUGCAUUGCGGUGUUGCAAUGAUGAGGCAUAUGGAAACAUAUAUGGGUUUGCAAAAGUGGAAUUCAGGUUUAAAGAAAAAUAAUACAUAAUCAUUGACAAACUUCGUUUGAAGUAUACCCUCUCAAUUAUUUCAAGUGAAGUAAAUACUGUUAAACCUGUUAAACAAGUUGUCCAA